AGACUGUUUUGCGAUGAUGACUGAGCAGGCGUUUGCUCCGAACCGUCACCUCCCCCGCCAUGCCCGUCAUGCCUGACCUUGCACAGUAACAACCAAGGGACCCCUGAAGCACACCCUUGGUUGUUUAGACUCUACACUCUAGACCAUAGAAGAUACCCUAGAGGCUCCGCUUUCUCCUGGCUCUCCGGCGUACACCUACAGUACGGACUCGCAUAGACCUCAAGCUCUCAAAUAGAACUUUAGAUUUUGCGAAUAGAAGGAUGGAUAGACACGGCAGUCUUAUCCCGCCCACGGCCUGUUUGCCCAGGCUUUCGACGCUGGCAGAUUGCUCCGUCCAGGAGCUCACGCAGGCCCUGGACAAUCUCCGCGCGAUCUACUGUCGUUCCCCGACACCGCCGCUGUCGCUGAAACUCCCAGCUAAGCACAUCCCCAAGCAUGUCAUCCAUGACAUCUCUGCACCAGAUUCUGGAUAUGCUUCGGCCGAAGAAGACGACGAGGACGAUGAGGGUAUCGCAGACGAAAUCGGCACUGACGACACCUUCGACCCAGACGUCCUCCGCUCCGAUGCCUUCGAGCGUGAAUUUGCCAUCCGCUGGCUGACCGGGUUCGCCGCACGCUCCGAUACAUGGGUGUACGCUCCCGCCGUCGAGGAGGAGCCCGAUGCGCGCGCUCUCCUCGUCGACUCCGCUACAGCCAUACUCUCGGCCCUUGCAGGAGAGCAGGAGGAGGAGGCCUUGACGCGACGGUUCGUCUUCUCCUGCGGUACUGGCGAGGCGGAGGAGAUAGAAGUAGAGCUGAACGAUGCUCCCCUCCUGAGCACGGACCACACCUCUGUUGGACUCCAGAGCUGGGCGAGCUCAAUCCUACUGUCCGAGCGACUUUGCGCGGAUCCUCAGGCAUUUGGGCUCGCCUCUCGUUCUGAUGCGACACCGUCGCGCAUACUGGAACUUGGCGCAGGUACAGGUCUGCUCAGCAUCGUCUCAGCGAAGAUUCUCCAGCGCCAGCGUGCGGACCAUGUACCCCUCACCCACCCCACCGUCGUCGCGACAGACUACCACCCCUCCGUGCUCGACAACCUCCGCAUAAACGUUGGCAUCAACUUUCCACCCACAGUGCCAUCGUCGGACCCGGUGACACCCGUUGCUGUGCGGGCGCUGGACUGGGAGCAUCCCGUGUACGAAGGCGAGCUCGCGCGCACGUUCGAUGUUAUCUAUGCCGCGGAUGUGGUCUACCACCCGGAGCACGCACGUUGGAUCAAGGCCUGUGUUGAGCACCUCCUCGUACGCCCGGACGCUGACAGCAGUGGAGGAGGCGUCUUCUGGCUCAUCGUUCCGCUGAGGAUCGCGGGACAUCAUCAAGGGAUGUGCGAUACGGUCGAGGAAGUGUUUCCGAAGGCAACGGUGGGCGGAGGGGGAGAGGGUUGGCAUUUGGCAGUGUUGGCGGUGGAGGGGAUGGAGAGAUGCAAGGGCGUCGGGCGCGCGGAUGAGGGUGGGUACAAGCUGUUCGAGAUCGGUUGGGUACGAGGGUAGGUCUUGGACAAUGAUGGCCAGACCAGUCAUUAUUCUUGAAAUGUUCCUGCUAUUGUCAUUUGCUAUGCUAACCUACAUACAGUCAAAGCCAUG